AUGGCUUUGAGUUUCUUUGGUGGCGGAGGUAGCUCCAGUCACGCGAAAUACUUCGAUAUCCGUCUUGAUGAAGAUUAUAUCGUAUUUCGCGGAGGCGAGGAAGAAGCGGCCAGUGCCCAUCUGAGCGGAAAGCUCAUUCUUUGUCUGUCGGAGCCCUUGUCCAUUAAGCACAUCAGACUCCAUCUUACGGGUAUAUCUCGGGUUUGUUGGCAUUUGCCGUCGAGUACUGCCGGAGGCGGUAGAAAGUCAUGGAGAGAACGUGUAUUCUACGAGAAGACCUGGAGAUUCAGAGAUGCGGGCAAAAGCAAGACGGAGGUUCUGCCAGCGGGCAACUACGAAUACCCCAUCAACCUUGUUCUCGAGGGAUCUAUGCCGGAGAGCGUUGAAGGCCUUAACGAUACCUACGUGACCUAUCGCUUCAAGGCGGAAAUUGGACGCAAAUAUGCCAAGGAUAUUAUUGUUCGCCGGCCGCUCCGUAUCAUUCGCACUCUUGAGCCUAGUGCUCUUGAGCUUGCGCACGCAAUGUCCGUGGAAAAUGUCUGGCCAAACAAGAUUGAAUACUCGAUCAGCACACCAACGAAGGCCGUGGUUUUCGGAACUAGCAUCCGUGUGGACUUCAAGCUGAUCCCUCUCCUUAAGGGACUUCGUAUUGGACAGAUCGUUUCGCAGCUUAUCGAAAGCCACGACCUUACCCUGAACCCCGAAGAUUCUGAUUCCGUCCGCAACACAUACAAGAGUACGAGAACCAUCUUGAACGAUGAGCAUGAGCUGGAUGAGGACAGCGGUUUGGAAAUCAUCGAUGAAAUGGCAGAGGGAUAUCAGUUUUCGCGUCAUCUGGAUCUGCCCAAGACUUUGACUCGGUGCCUGCAGGACACUGACACCAGGGGCAUCAAAAUCCGUCACAAGCUCAAGUUCCGUGUUCAGCUCCUCAAUCCUGAUGGACACGUCAGCGAGCUUCGCGCGACCCUUCCCGUCUCUAUCUUCAUCUCCCCCAGCUUAGCCAUUGACGAAAACAACAACCUUAUCGACCAGACCCCUCAGUCCGCUCAAAGAGCGGUCGAUAAUCUCGCCCAGCAGGCUCCUCCCUUGUACGGCGAGCAUCAAUUCGAUCAACUGUACAGCGAACUUGAUCCUUCUGGAUACCGGACUCCAGGCCCUGGAAGUGGCCCUGGCACUCCGUUCGGCACCCUUAGCCGUAACCUGUCGGCUGAGAACCUUGCUUCGAUGAAUGCUUUGACCAACACCGACAUUUCCGCUUCUGCCUUGCACACCCGUCUAUCGAUCCUGCGCGCCAACGGGAAUGAUCAGCCCUCCCCUACCGACCAGGAGCAUCCGGAAAACGACAGCCGUCGCCUGGGCGUUCCUCCCGAUUACUUCGGAGCGGGAUCCGGUUCCAACUCGCACAGCCCCGCCAGCCCUGAGCUCUCACGCCGUCCCUCUGACGAGGUCGAACACGACUACAUCCAUUCCGGAAUGGCAACUCCCUACCACCCUCAAUAUGCCGAAGUCGAGACCCUGAGCCGUGUCCCAAGCUACUCCACCGCCGUCCGCACUACUGUCCGCCCUUGCGACUCGGAACUGCCUGAUUAUCAAGCUGUCAUCGCCGAGGAUGUUGUCAUCUCCGCGCCCCAGUCGCCUCAGCAGGCUCAUGUCCGCACCGCCGGCCGCGGGUCUUCAUAUUUCUCCGCUAUCGAUGCGCUCCACAGCCGGUCUGGUCUCCUCCACUCCACCUCCAGUCACGACGAUGAUGAACGUCGACUGCGUCUUGUCCAAGCUCGAGCCAGGGUCUAAUUGGGUUGCAGAUUUCAUUGAGAAUAAUAUUCGAUCCCGUCUCUUCUGAGGGAGC